AUGCAAGACGAUAAAGAGUUAAUCCUGGCAAAUCGAAUAAACUUCAAGGAACAGGCGGUUCUACGAAUGAGUAUUAAUUCAAGAGAACGGAAAAGAAUGCAUGAUCUGAAUGACGCACUUGACGAGCUCCGUCAAUGCUUACCGUAUUCGCACCGUACUGGAUCCAGGAAAAUGUCUAAAAUCAAUACAUUGCUUCUCGCUAGUAACUGGAUCAGACACCUAACAAACGCAAACAACGAGCUACGACGAAAACUGGAUGAGCUUCGAAAUGAUAGCAAAGGCAAUGCCACAACAGUCCUUCAAGCAACUUCAGCGUCUGCACCUCAUUUAGGAUCCACGAGUACAUUAGCACCAAUUGAACUCUUUAGACCAUCACCUCCACCCUUACCUUUCAAAUUGGUACCCGAGACGACACAGCCAUUCCUUAAGCUUUCUGUACCUGUAUCAUUACCGGUACCCGUACCUGUACCCGUACAACCAUGUGUUAAAUCUAUUAACGGUCUCUGCUUCUGUGUCAACUGUUUGAUUACAAAUACCGGUUUAACGAAAAAUUUCCGGAAAGAUAAAUAA